CGUCCGGGAAAAGUUGUCCCCAUGGCGUUUUUGCACAAAACCCCUCCCAAAACUCCCGACACAACCCGCACUCCUCGUCCUCUCCAAACUUGUCUCCUCGUCGUAUCCUUGCUCUGGCACAGGCGCAUGGACGCCGGAGCUCCUCUGCGCCGCGCUGCUCCCCUGCUCUCCCGCCCGUCCUCCUCCGCCGCCGCAGCUGCCUCCUCCGCCGCUCCCUUCUGCCUCGCGCAGCUCCCCUGCCUCCCUUGCCUGCCUCCCGAAUCUCCCCUCUUUCACCCCAAAAAUCAAUUCUUCUUCCUCCCGCCGCGUCUCCUACUCGCGCGCGGCGUCGACACGUCCUCCUCCUCGCCCCCGCCGCCGGAGGAGGCGCAAGGCAGGCAUCAGUGGCUCGCGUUGUGCCUACGCGACAUCGGGUGAGGCUGCUGGGCAGGCAGCAGUGCCUCGCCCCCGCCGCCGGAGGAGGCAGCGGCAGUGGCGGGCCGACGGGCCGGUCGCCGCCUCGGUCGUGCCCCCGUCCGUAGAGGAUGAGGAGGGAAAUCCCGUUCGUCGGCAAGGCUUCCCUCUGUUGCAUUUGCUCCUUCAGCCGUGCGAGGCCGUCGAGGUACAGUACUCUGACGGAGUACCUUCUUCAGAGUGCAGAGGAGCAAAAUUGUUCUGAUCAGCAGCAGCACAGCACAGUCACUUGGAUCAGCGGAAGAGGAGCAUCAGCAGCACGGGCAGAGGAGCAGCAGCAGCACGGGCAGAGCUCCACCAGCGGCAGGGGAGAAGCAGCCGCACGAGCGCACGAGCAGAGGAGAAGGAGCAGCACGGCCGGGGUUGGCAGCGGCGGCUGGGGUUGCCGCGAGUGCGAGGAACUAGUCAGGGAUGCGAGCAGGGAGACGAGAGGAGGCGCCCGUCGAAGUGGUCGCCUUGGAGGAGCAGCCGCAGGUGGGCAGCGGGGCAGCGACGCUGGUGGGCGGCGGCGCAGGGGCGCAGGUGGGUGGCGGCACAGGUGGGCGCCCGCUGUUUGUACGGCGGCUGCCGACGGCCGCUUGGUCCAGCCGUGGUCGAAGGAGGAAGAAGCAGAGGUGAGGGGGGAUUAGCACGAGAUUUAAAACCAGAAGGUUUUUUUUUUGCAAAAUUAGAAAUGAACUGAGCUGGGGACAACUUUUCCCGGACGGAGGGAGUACUAUUUUUAGUGCAUCAAGCUUAGGAGUAGAUUUAUUUGCUAAUAUGAUGGCACAUUUCAGCACCAGCCACAGCUACUACAACAAAACUACCAAACAGCUGCACCUCAGCUCCAGCCUUCCAGCCACAGCUAACAACUACAGCUGCUCCUUUCAGCCGGAGCCGUUGCAACUUAGAAGUUGCAGCCCAAAUAAACACACCCUAAAUUGGCCAAUGUGUUACCUUGGCUUCCACAUAGUAUAGUAUUAUGAUUACUAUCCAAGAAAGGGGUGAAUAACAAAAUGAAAGAAACAAAAAAUGCCCACAAUCUUGGCUUGAACUUGCAAACGACGAAAUGA